UUGGACCACCAGGCUGGAAUAACUGGAAAAUUAGACACAAUCCAGCACUGGAAUCAUAUGCUGUUCUUAUGGAUAUUCAUUGUGAUAAUGACACAGAAUCACUUCUUUACUAAGAGAUUCAGAAGCAAUCAGAAAUGGUGACAGACACUCCUACAGACCUGUCUGAAACAGGACAAGAAGGUGGCACCCUUUUCCUCUUUUCAUCUAAUUCCUCUACUGCUGCCUCCUGCAACAUUGAUGAGUCCUACAAGUACAUCUUCCUUCCUAUCUGUUACUCCUUCACAUUUAUCUUUAGCAUCAGCCUCAAUUCUGUGGUGCUCUAUCGCUCUUUUCGCCGUACCAAGCACUGGAAUGUGUCCCUAAUUUAUAUGGUAAAUUUGGCUAGUACUGACUUUAUGUAUGGCCUCUCCCUGCCAUUCCUCGUGGCCAGUUAUAUCAUGCAUGAUAACUGGGUCUUUGGAGAUUUUAUGUGUCGCUUGGUGCGCUUCCUGUUCUACUUCAACCUAUAUUGUAGCAUUUUUUUCCUCACCUGCAUCUCUGUGCAUCGAUACCUGGGCAUCUGUCAUCCCAUGAGGACCAUCACUUUAGAGACCAAGAGGGCUGUGAAAGGCACUUGCAUUUUGGUAUGGCUUGCUGUCUUUGUGCUCACAUGCCCAAUUUUUCGAUUUGCGCAAACAGAGCAUCUUCCCCGUCGAAAGGACGGUGGAGCAUUAAUGGCACAUGAAGUGAAUGGUGACACACACAAGUCCAACACAAGUCCAAGCGCUGGAAUGUUCCAUAACUGCUGGGAUGAUGCGAUUGAUAAGGAGUUCCAGGACUAUGUUCCUUAUGGAAUAACCCUCCAUCUCUUGGGGUUCUUUGUGCCAUUUAGCAUUAUUGCCUGGUGCUACUCACAUGUGGUUAUGACUAUAUUUCGAACACUGCACUCCCAACCUCCUGCUACUGGACCAAAGACAAGACAAGGAAGCAAGGCAGGGACAGGAGGAGAAGGCAUGUCCAUUAUUCUCGGAGCUCAUUCACCUUACAUAAACAGGCGUCGGAAGUCCAUCAAAACCAUCAUAACCAUUACUCUCCUCUUUGCCCUUUGCUUCUUCCCCUUUCAUGUUACCCGCACUAUUUUUUUGGUACUGAAAGUGACCAGCAGGGUGCAGUGCCAUACGAUGCGGAUGGUCUCCAUUUGUUAUAAAAUUACUCGGCCACUAGCAUCCUUCAAUGCUUGGCUUAAUGCUUUGCUUUAUUUCCUCACCAAGGAAAAAAGUGGAACCUGCUGCAACAAACCACCACCUUCCCAACAUGGGCUCCUUUGGCCUUUACGGAUGCUGGGAAAAGGAGGGAAUGUGGAGGAAGUUGUGGAAGAAGUAGUGGAAGAAGCAGUGAUCCAUAAAAACAAUGACCUCAAGGCAGAAAACAAUAUAUUCACUGACUUACCUUGACAAAAAGUAUAAGAAAUAUGUACAUUGUUGAAUGUUAGUAAUAUGACUUG